GCUGCUGGAAGAUGGCCACGGCAGCAGAGGACCCUCACCUGGGCGAAGGCCCUGACGAGGAGGACGGGUCUUCAUCGGGGUGGGACUCGGAAAGCAUCCUGUCCGACGACUCUGUUCUGCCGGAUUACGCGCCGGAGACAUCGGACGGGCGAACGGCAUCCACACUGUACCAAGCGUGUGCCCGCAAUGACCCGGCCUCACUGCGCAGGAUUCUGGAGAGAGGAGUGACAAGAGAGGAGGUCAUGGACUUGGACAUCAAUGGAUGGAAUGGCUUGAUGGUGGCUUGCUGCAAAGGAUUUAUUGAUAUUGUAUACGGUCUUAACACCUGCCCCUACAUAAACAUCAAUCAUCAGGACAAUGAAGGCAACACAGCACUGAUGAUCGCGUCCCAAGCAGGUCACGUGAACACGGUCAUGUACCUCCUAAAUUAUUAUCCUGGAAUAGACACAGAAACAAGAGACUGCCGUGGCUUCACGGCCCUCAUCAAAGCUGCCAUGACGGGCCGCGAUGACGUGGUUGCUGCACUUGUUAUGGCCGGGGCUGACAUCAAUGCGACAGACACCACAAGAGGAAAGUGCGCUCAGGACUGGGCACUAAAAACAGGUCGCUAUGAAACGUUGCAUCGUCUGCGCCGCCUCAAACUAAGGCCGAGGGCUGAGCAAUUUUGCGAGAGCUACAUCCCGGAGUGGCCCGAGCUCAAGGAGAGGGUCUCGAAGGCCAUGGCGGAAAAAAGCACCCGGGAAAGAAUCACGCAUCACAUUAAGAACACGUUUGGAUUCCGGCUACCUCGUGACCCUGAGGAUAAUGGGGUUUUGGACCAUAUGGUGCGUAUCACCACCAGUAUCCACAGCCCCCUCAUUUCCACCGGCUGCCGUCCACUGUGCCCCACCAGUCCCCCAGAGCUGGGCAGGCGACGUCUCGCUGUACCAGAGCUGAUGAAGAAACACUCUGAGAGGGAACUGGAGGAAAGUUCCGUGUGCCAUAGCAACGGCUCCAUCUCCCACAUCAUUCCCUCCAUCCACUCGGCAGAGUCCAUCCCUGCAACCUGCUGCGCUGACAGCGAAAGGAGGGGCAGCAUCCUUUCACUGGCCUCCACCAAGGUGGCCUCCAAGUUCAUCCCCCGAAGUAUGGCCAGGAGGAACAGUGUCUUCCCCUCGGGGUGCAUCCCCCAGAUCAACAUCAACAGACCCACGGAGGCCACGCCAAAGAAAGAAAAGAAGAAGAAAAAGGCGCAGAAAGGCUACCUGGAACCACCCAAGUGGAGAUAUAAAGAAAUCAAAGAAGAGAAGAAAAAGGAGAAGAAGGAGAAAGAGAAAAAUGAGAAAAAGGAACGUGGCACCAAAAAGGACAAAAAAUAGAAUUUUAUUCCCCCCUAAAUCUUUUUCGACCAAAGCUGUUUUUUUUUUUUUUUUUUUUUUAAUAAUCACUACUCAGGGUUUCAAAAUAUUUAAACCAAAGAUCUUGGUACGUAUUAUUGAUUUAUCAAUUAAUGGUAACCUCAAAAAAGAGAUGCAACUACAGUGGACCCCCGCUAUUUGCAGGAGACAAGGGACCAGGCUGGAACGCAAAGCAUGAAAAUCUGCAGAUGACUGACACCCAUUAUAAGUGCAUUGACAUUCUUUCAUUCUUACGCUGAGAUUCAUAGAGAUUCUUUUUUAAAGCCCUCAAAAUUCUUGAA